AUGGCAAGUGUUCAAUAUGAAGCAGAAGUUGGUGGAGAAAGUGAAGAAGAAAGUGGCGACGUUGACCAUAUGGAAAAUUAUGAAGCACAGCCCAAUAUUGAAGCACAAGUACAUGAACAGCAGGAUGGCUCUCACUCUCAUGUUGUCAUAACCCUAACUGACCCAGAAUUAUUCGAUUGCCCUAUUUGCUAUGAACCCUUGACCAUCCCUGUCUACCAGUGUGACCAAAAUGGGCACAUAGCUUGCUCCUCCUGCCGUACAAAAAUUAACGACAAAUGCCCCUUCUGCUCUGGGUCUAUUGGAUUCAAUCGUUGCCGUGCGAUCGAGAAGGCUCUUGAAUCAAUCACAACAUCAUGCCAAAACAUGCAGUAUGGAUGCAAAGAAUCUGUGACUUUCAAUAAAAAAGGUGAACAUAAAAAGGCAUGUUUGUAUUCACCUUGCUAUUGCCCCCAUUUAAAUUGCAAGUUUGUUUCUUCAGCCAAGCAGUUAUACCAACACUUCAGUAGUAGCCACGUGAAUUCCGCAACACAAUUCGAGUACUACGUCAUUUUUCAUGUUUCAUUAAAUGCUGAUGACAACUUUCUUGUUCUUCAAGAAAAGAAAGGUGGUACAUUAUUUAUUCUCAAGAGGCAUCAUGUUGAAGAUCUAGGAAAUGCUGUGACAAUUAGUUGUAUACAACCCGGCUUCACGGGGGGCUUCUUCCAUGAGCUUGAUGCGAAAUCCAAGGAAAAUUUUCUCAGAUUGGAAUCUUUCACAAAGAGCACUCCAAGCCGGCUGGUAAUUGAUGAUCGCCCUCCCAAAACCGGUUUUCUUUUAAUCCCGUUUGAUUUUAUCAGUUCUGGUGGCCAGCUCAAGAUGGAAAUUUGCAUAUGGCCUGAAGGUGCCUCCCCUUCACCUUAG